GUGCGCCACCCCCCGUCCGACGUCACCUCGCUGCCAGUCUGUCACGUGUCGCGGCACGCGCGCUCGCCCGACGUCGGAUCCCCACCACGCCCCUCUCGCCGCGCGGCAGCGGCCAUGGAUCUGCUCCCGCCGCCGACGGACGCGCCGGCUGGCGUCCCCGCCGCGGGGGCUCCCGGCCGGGGACUGCGGCGCGGGGUGGGGUUCCGGUCGCUCAAGCUGGUCAGCGUCGCCAUGGACGAGCCGCUCCCGGCGGACCCCGUCGGCGCCGCUUACGGCCGCCUCGCCAACGGCCUCACCUACUACGUCCGCUCUAACCCCAAGCCCCGCAUGCGCGCCGCGCUCUCGCUCGCCGUCAAGGUCGGGUCGGUGGUGGAGGAGGAGGACGAGCGCGGGGUGGCGCACAUCGUCGAGCACCUCGCUUUCAGCGCCACAUCGCGAUACACCAACCACGACAUCGUCAAGUUCCUCGAGAGCAUCGGGGCCGAGUUCGGCGCCUGCCAGAACGCGCUUACCUCAUCCGACGAGACCAUCUACGAACUGCUCGUGCCAGUCGACAAGCCCGGUCUGCUCUCUCAAGCCAUCUCCAUCCUCGCCGAGUUCAGCUCAGAGGUUCGGGUGUCGGCUGAGGAUCUGGAGAAAGAGAGGGGUGCUGUGCUGGAGGAGUACAGGGGUGGACGCAAUGCCACGGGGCGGAUGCAGGACUCCCACUGGUCACUGUUGUUUGAAGGUUCUAAGUAUGCAGAACGCCUGCCAAUUGGUACUGAGAAGGUGAUACGAACUGUUACACAUGAGACUGUUAAGCGGUUCUAUAAGAAGUGGUACCAUCUAAGCAAUAUGGCUGUCUUUGCAGUGGGAGACUUCCCAGAUACACAGGCUGUCGUUGAGUUGAUAAAGGAGCAUUUUGGGCAGAAAGCCCCAGCUUCCCUCCCUCCACCGGUUAUACCAGAAUUUCCAGUUCCAUCGCAUGAGGAACCUCGCUUUUCAUGCUUUGUGGAAUCCGAAGCUGCAGGGUCAGCUGUCGUUAUCAGCUGCAAGAUGCCUGCUGGUGGAAUUAAAACAGUUAAGGACUACAGGGAUUCACUGGCAGAGUCAAUGUUUCAUUGUGCAAUAAACCAGAGGCUCUUCAAAAUAUCUCGUAGGAAGGAUCCUCCAUACUUCUCUUGUUCUUCAGCUGCAGAUGCUCUCGUCCAUCCAGUAAAGGCUUAUAUUAUGACAUCCAGUUGUCGCGAAAGGGGAACAGUUGAAGCUCUUGAGGCCAUGCUUCUUGAGGUUGCUAGGGUACGGCUCCAUGGAUUUUCUGACCGUGAGAUAUCCAUUGUACGCGCUUUAAUGAUGUCAGAGAUCGAGUCUGCAUAUCUGGAGCGUGAUCAAAUGCAAUCGACCAGCCUGCGGGACGAGUUUCUGCAGCAUUUUCUUCGUGAGGAGCCCGUUGUUGGGAUUGAAUACGAAGCACAGUUGCAGAAGACUCUUCUUCCUUAUAUUUCUUCUGCGGAAGUGGCAAAGUUUGCAGAAAACUUUUCAACAGCAAGCAGCUGUGUUAUCAAGAUAGUCGAACCUCGAGCUCAUGCUUCUUUGGAGGGUCUGAAAGCAGUUGUAUUGAAAGUCAACAGCCUGGAAGAAGAAAAGUCUAUUCCACCAUGGGAUGAAGAGCAAAUCCCAGAAGAAAUUGUUGCCCAAACUCCAGAGCCAGGGAGUGUUAUUGAUAAAGUGGAACACCCAGGCAUAGGUGCCACUGAGAUGAUACUUUCAAAUGGCAUGCGGGUUUGUUACAAGUAUACUGACUUUCUUGAUGAUCAGGUUAUUUUUACUGGGUUUGCCUAUGGUGGUCUGUCUCAAUUGUCUGAAGCCGAGUAUACUUCAUGCUCAAUGGGUUCAACCAUAGCAGGAGAAAUUGGCACUUUUGGCUAUAGACCUUCUGUUUUGAUGGACAUGCUUGCUGGCAAGAGAGCUGAAGUUGGUACAAAAAUUGGGGCCUACAUGAGAACAUUUUCAGGCGAUUGCUCACCUUCAGACCUUGAGACUGCUUUGCAGCUCGUUUAUCAAUUGUUUACAACAAACGUGGAGCCAAGAGAGGAAGAAGUAAAAAUAGUGAUGCAGAUGGCGGAGGAAGCAAUCUAUGCUCAGGAGAGGGAUCCUUACACUGCAUUUGCAAAUCGUGUUCGGGAAAUAAAUUAUGGGAACUCAUACUUUUUUAAGCCAAUUAGAAUAAGUGACUUGAAGAAGGUGGAUCCAAUCAGAGCAUGUGAAUAUUUCAACAAUUGUUUUAAGGAUCCAUCAGCUUUUACUGUUGUAAUAGUUGGAAAAAUAGACCCAGCUAUCUCACUUCCACUGAUUUUACAGUACUUGGGUGGGAUACCUAAGGUACAGGAUAUGGUUCAACCACUUAGUCGUGACGAUCUAAGAGGAUUGCCAUUCAAGUUUCCUGCAACCAUCAUAAGAGAAGUUGUCCACAGCCCUAUGGUUGAAGCGCAGUGCUUUGUGCAACUAGGAUUUCCUGUGCUUCUAAAGAACACAAUGAUGACAGAAGAUAUUCACUAUGUUGGGUUUCUUAGUAAACUUCUGGAAACAAAAAUCAUGCAAGUGCUUCGCUUCAAAUAUGGGCAGAUCUACUCUGUUAAUGUAGCUGUCUUCUUGGGUGGCAACAAACCUUCAAGAACUGGAGAUGUUCGUGGAGACAUAAGUGUGAAUUUCUCAUGUGAUCCAGACAUAUCAUCUAAACUGGUUGAUUUUGUUCUGGAGGAGAUAUCGUACCUACAGGCUGAAGGUCCUUCUGAAGAAGAUGUUUUGACCAUCCUGGAAAUUGAACAAAGAGCUCAUGAAAAUGGAUUACAGGAGAAUUACUUUUGGUUGGAUCGAAUUCUGCGGAGCUAUCAAUCAAGGCUUUUUUCUGGAGAUAUUGGAUCCACCUUUGAGUUCCAGGAGGAGGGGCGUACAAAAGUCAGGGAGGCUUUGACACCGCAGACCAUGCAAUUGGCCUUGCAAAGAGUUCUGCCUUUCCCUUGCAGAAAUCAGUACACCGUGGUUAUUCUUAUGCCGAAGUCAUCCUGUUUGGCAUCGAUGAAGUCAUUGCUUAGUUGGAGCUCCAGCGGCAUUAGCAGAGAUGCCAAGAUUCUUGCUGGCAUAGCUGCCGCACUGGUCUUGGCAGUUAGCUUGUGGAGAUAUUCUCGUAGCGGGCUGCGAUCAUAGUGCCCGAUACAGCUGACCGUUUUUCAGACUUUUAGUGAGAUCCAAAAAUGGAUUGCCAAUCAGGUUAGGAACUGAUAUACAAGCUCGUCAAUAGAUCUUUGUUUCUACCUGAGCACCUACCAGGCAUACUACAACAAUUGUUAGCUAACAGAUUCAUUGCCGCAUGUGGGCGUGUAAGCUUGUAACAACAUUCGUUAUACCUCUGCAUGUGUGCCUGUAAUAGUCGUUGAUGUAUAAUAUUGGCUCUCCUCACUAUUUGAUUCUGUAAACUGAAGUAGGGAACUGUGGUAGAGCGGUAGAAACCCAACAAUGUAGAUUGCAUACUGGUUCCAGUUUUGUGGACAGCUUUGUACUUGC